UUUUUAUUACUGUAGCUAGUUGUUAUGCUAACUAAAUUGAUAAGCUAUGGUCUGUUCAUUUGAAAAGACAGUCAAGUUUUGUGUUGUUUUAUUCGAGAAGUAAGUUCUGGUGUGCCUUAGGAUAAGGCACCGUAUUGUCUUGCCGUAUCAUCGUUUGAGGCAACGAUGAUCGAGGUGGCGGCGUCCAUGGCCAGAGGCCCCGUGUUUCUGGCCGGGGAGCUAAUGGAGUGUCUUAUAACGUUCACCAACCCGAUGUCCCACCUCUCUACCUCUGCCAGCAGUGAGAUGCUGGCAUGGGCCAGUGCCCAGAUCCAUUGCCAGUUUCAUGCCAGUGAGGGCAGAGUGGCCCUGCCAACCCAGGGCAACAAACAAGAUGUUCAGGCUGAGAGCGACACAGUGCUCAUUCCAAGCAGAGGAGAACGUGGGCAGUGUGUACUGGACACACCGCCCAAGAUAUUAUUCUGUGACCUGCGUCUGGACCCUGGAGAGAGUAAAACUUAUUCAUACAGUGAGCUUGUACCCAGUGAUGGUCCUCCUAGUUUCCGUGGUCAGGCAGUGAAAUAUGUCUACAAACUUACCAUUGGCUGCCAGAGAGUCAACUCUCCUAUCAAACUACUCCGGGUUCCCUUCAGAGUGCUGGUUCUUCAAGGCAUGCCAGAGCCUGCAUUUCCCCAGGAUGAUGAGGUUUCUCCCUCCAACCCCUUUUUGGAAGAAGAGGAAGCAUGCCGCAGGGAUGCUCGGCCUUUGGAGAGAGCACUGGACAUGCUGAUGGUCACCACCUCAAGACGCUCCCCACACAUGUUUAAUAUCACCAAUGUGCGUGGGAAAGUGGCAAAGUUCUGCAUUUUCAAGACUGUUUACAGACUUGGGGAGGAUAUCAUUGGCACAUUCAACUUCUCAGAGGGAGACAUUCCCUGCUUACAGUAUUCUGUAAGCCUUCAGAGUGAGGAAGAAAUCCAGCAGCAGUACCAGCGGCGUCCCGGCCAGGCAAUCAGUGUGACCGGACACGGACGACACUUGGAGUCAUGCCUGCACACUGCCUCCAGCCACUUUUCACUCCCCAUCCCCCUCAACGUCACGCCAGGUUUUAGCACAGAUAUAGUAACCCUGAGGUGGCGCCUGCACUUUGAAUUUGUCACUGCUCGGGAGCCAGUGGAACCGCCCAUUGUUCUUCAGAACCAAUCAGAGGUCACAGUUUGGGUCGGGGCAGAGCAUGUCGAUGUGGAUACCUUCAGCUGGGAUCUGCCAAUCAAAGUCCUGCCUACCAACCCAGUCUUGGCUUCCUAUAUGUCACAGUUUACAGGAACCAAUCGCAUUAAUAUUUGACUGUUGUAUGUGUGAAACUGUGGAUAUGAGAUGGCCAUGAGAUAAUACUGCAUUUCAGAGGGUAUUGGCAGAUAGUUGCGUGGUCCUGAGUGCGUGCGUGUGUGUACUUAUAAUGCUAUGCAUUGUGAGUACCAGUUUCAGUUUUGUACUUUGGGAAAGAAGAUGUGCUGUUUCCACCAGAUAUGCAAAACCAGCAUUUGUUUAUGUCUGUGUGCAACCUAUGUUUUGCUUUGGUCAUAUGCAUUUUUCAUUGCAUUCAAACUUUGAAUACAUCUUUUUUUUUUUUUUAGGAAGAUCAACACAUGGUAACCAUGGGAGUGCGGUUGUCUCUGUGGUUGUUGUGCAUUUCUGUAUUUAUUUAAUUCUUGUAUUCAUUUGUACACUUGUUCAUCCUCAUCUUAUUCAGUAUAUUUUGUUUAACCGUAUUUCUUUCGGUUUGAGCAAAGGCUGUGCUGAGAUGUAAAUACUCCCAAGAGAAAUAUUAAAGUGUGUUUUAA